UGGGAUGUUAACACCAGGUGUGAACCAGAUCUUUGUUUGCUGCUGCAGAUUUACAAUCCCAGAUACGUUUCAAGCUGUUGGUGUCGGCUCUCUGCGUGUUGUCUAACUGCUCUGCCUCUUGUCUGCAGACUGUGGAGUAAGGCCAUCUUCACCGGCUACAAGCGCGGUCUGAGGAACCAGCGUGAGCACACGGCGCUCCUGAAGCUGGAGGGAUGUUACACCAGAGAUGAAGUCGACUUCUACCUGGGCAAACGCUGUGCUUACGUCUACAAGGCCAAGAAGAACACAGUGACACCUGGUGGUAAACCCAAUAAGACCAGAGUUAUCUGGGGGAAGGUGACCAGAGCUCACGGUAACAGCGGAAUGGUUCGAGCCAAGUUCUCCAGCAACCUGCCGGCUAAAGCCAUCGGACACAGAAUUAGAGUGAUGCUGUAUCCCUCUCGAGUGUGAAGAUGCCAUCGUCACAUGUUGUUUGUACAGAAACAAUAAAAUGAUCCGAACGAUCAAAGCUC